AGUUUUCAUCCAAUUUUAGAAAGCUCUUCAAUGGAUCAAUCGUCAACUUUCUAUGACGAGCGGUAUGAAUUUAAUGCACCUCAAAAGUACAUAGAUUUCACUAAUUUCCAAGAUGAUGAAAAUGAAGACUCAUUUUUUGAUUGUCAGAAUGAAGGCCAAGCUCAAAGUCUUUCUGAUUUACAAGCUGCAGAAUCCAAAGCUGGUUCAUCAUCAAAAAGUGACGGGGCAAAUGCCAUGGAGAAAUCAACUGAAAAGUUGAGCUCUCUUAACUGUGAAACCCCAAAUCUCAUUUCUCAGACUUCUGACAAACCUUUGAUGUCACAUGAGACGGGAAGAAACGCCAUAGCAAUGCAAAUUGAAGAGCCUUCUGCUAUGCAAUCUGAUGAACUUUCAGCUAUGCAAAUUGAAGAGCCAACAACCAUGCAAACUGAAGUACCUUUAGCAAUGCAAACUGAAGUACCUUCAGCAAUGCAAACUGAAGUACCUUCAGCAAUGCAAACUGAAGUACCUUCAGCAAUGCAAACUGAAGUACCUUCAGCAAUGCAAACUGAAGAGCCUACAGCAAUGCAAUCUGAAGAGCCUUCAGCAAUGCAAGCUGAAGUGCCUUCAGCAAUAAAAACUGAAGAGCCUUCAGCCAUGCAAACUGAAGAAAAUGCCUCAGGGACCACACAACUCAUUGACCCUUCAAGGCUGUCCAGCACUUCUAGGGUUGAUAUUUCUGAGGAACAGAUGGAAACAAAUGAGACUGAUGAAAAGCGUGUCACAAGAUCUUGCCGCAAAGGUCCUCUGGGCAGUGAUGGCGUGUUCCAGCAACCACCCAUGCGGCACUCCCCUAGACUGGCUGCCAUUGCUAAGGCACUCAACACUAGUGGAGGUCAGCGCAACAGCUCCUCAGGCUUCAAGGGGCGCCGCCGCAGUGUGUCUGCUAGCCCUGGCCUUCGCUCCAACAGAUCUAAGAGUACCUGUGGCCCAUUGUCAGCAGAAGAUCGUGCUCAUCUCACCCAGUUUGCCGAAGUUGCCGACCCCAAUGCACGUAAUUCUCGACGCAGUGCCUCAUUUAAGGGCGGCAGGGUCAGUACUACUAAGCCUGUCGCAUUUAAUUUUGCCACGGAUAGUCGCUUGAAGAGCGUCUCUAAGACCACCUUGGCCGCUCCUGUACUCGCCUCAGCGGCGGAUUUCGCCCGCACCCUUCGUAGUACUGCCAAAAAUGCUACGGCAACGAGUCACGCUCCACGUGGGCCCACAAAACCGCAGCCUUUCAAUUUGUCUGAAGGGAAAAAGCACAAUUCUGCUGAAGCUGACCAGCAGAAGACCAAGUUUGUCUCACUGGCCGAGCUCAACAUGAAGUUCCACAGUCAGACUCCUCAGAGAUUCAGGACAGUUCCUAAAAAGGAGGAAAGCUGUCCUAAGAGGAUGACCAGAAGCGGCAGCAGCAGCAGCCUGCCCUCCGUCACCAGACCACAGUCUCCUCAUCUCAGCACCCGCAGCCGCAGCCGCCCAGUCAACCAUCCCACCAGGGAGCAAAUUGAGGAGCAAGAAAUGCUUGAGGCUCAGAAGCAUCAGGUGAAGGCUCAUCCGGUCAAUCCUAAAAUAUUUGAGCCUCCCAAGCUCUCCACCAAUGCUGAGGCAAAAGGCUGUACCAUUCCCUCACCAUUUAACAUAACAGACGCAAAGAAACGUCUGCUCAGGCGCAAGCAGGAGAAGGUGGAAGAGAUUAUUGCAAAGGAGAAAGCCAUGGCUGAGUUCCACGCUCACCCGAUGCCUGUAUUUGAUGACAAACCUAAAGGACUGCCAAGCAAGAAAACCCCCAGCGUCACCAAACCUGAGCCAUUUGUGCUGCAAAUCGACAAGCGAGCUGAAAGCAAACAACUUGCAAUGGAGAGAGAGCAGCGGGAACGUGAGGAACGUGAACGAGAGAUGAGGAACUUCCACGCUCGCCCAGCGACGGUCAUCGCUAAGGAGCCUUUCUUGCCGGCGCGCAGCCACAAACCUCUCACUGAAAUAUCAGGAUUUGAUCUCAAUACGGAGAAGCGCAGCAAAGAGAGAUACGAGUACGACGUGCAUCUCAAGCAGAAAGAAGAUGAAAUAAUGGCGAAAAAACGACAUGAAGAAGAGCUUCGUGCUGCUGAGGAAGAAGCUCAAGUAGCCGAGGAGCGCAAGCGCAACGUGCAUCACGCUAAGCCCAUGCCUCAAUACAAGACUUUAUCGGUCCAGCGCAGCGACAAACCUGUCACUACUCCGCUCUCGCCAAAAUUUGCCACAGACUCGCGCUUAAGGUCGUCUCGUAGUCGCCUUAACAUCAACAAUACAACCUCAAGCAGUACUUGUAGCAGCGCCCAUAACACUACAGUCACUCGAUGAGUCUGUACUUCUCUCACUUUCAGUGCCAAACUCGUCAUGAGGGAGCUCAUAAGACACGAGUGAUGUAAAACGACCACUGGUUUGUUUUAUGAGCAUUGAAAUGACUCUUGAUGUUCUUAUUUAAAUAGUCUGUGCUCAGAUAAUAAUUCUAUGAUGAUGUGACAAUCAGACAAUCAAUAUUCACUUUCUCAUACACUAGUGGUUUCUCGUGUGAAAUCACGCAAUCUCCUAGUAAUAUCCGUUAGAAACCAACAUUGGUUUUAAAGAUGGCCUAUUUAAUCUAAGCGUAACGAUUGGAUUCUUUUAGUUUGCCCCCCUUGCCUUCAAUAAACGACGAGUAUAGGUAAUAGCUGCGAUGCACAUACCUUAUUAUUUCUUAGAUAACUAACGAUUAGUUUCUUGAAUUGCUCUAUACCCUCAGAAUAUGGAAAGCUUGUGACGAAAUUCCUAUCUAAGAAGAUUGUGCCUCUGAUGUUUUUAAUGUUCGACUUAUUCCUAAGUUACGGAUGCAGAAUUUGACUGCCAUUUGAGCUUCGAUUUUUUGAAUGUGGACACAGUUUUACUGCUUCGCAAUGUUCGCGGUCACUGUCUAUAUAUAAAACAACCACUUUAACAGGCUUCUGCAUUGACUCCUCAGAAAAAUUUCUGAAGGGUUAGUGUCAAUUCAAUUGAAUAGUUUUUUUAAUUGCUGUAUUGUUCAGAUCAAGAUUAGCGUUUUUUUUUUUUGUACAGAGGAACUUGAGCCGUUGGCUAUUACUUUUCUUGCUGUUAACAUUUACGUCUUCAAGUUGAACUCAAAUAGUGCGUUUUACGAUACUCGGUCUGGCUUUUUCGUAGAUAUAUCGUUUUAUUUUACCCUGCUUUUUAUAAAUAAAUCCUUGCUUUAU